AUGAGAAGUUCAAUCCUAGUUGUGCAACCAGUCAUCGGAUACCUGCCACUCUUGAAGCUUCAUCCAUUGAUGGGGCCUGUCCAUUGCAGACUGUACAUUUGUGCAUUCGCUGUUAGUGCUUUGGCCUCUAAUUGGGAUAGGCUCGGCAAACCCUUCAACCCUCUACUAGGUGAGACUUAUGAGUUGGAAAGAGAAAAUUACAGGUCUGCAGACGGAAAGGGACCUCCAUCGAAUUCGGACAGCCCUGUCCACACACCAAAGAAGGUUCUUGCCAAGCUGAACAGUCUCAAGAUGGGUCCAUUCAAGUCUCAAAAUUCAGUUGUUGAUGCAGAGGAAGCAGAUGAGGCACUCUCGGGAGGAGCGGAAGGAGGUGACAUUCCAAAAUGUGACUCAACUUAUUCCAUUGACAUUCCAAAUUCAGCAACAUUAUGGGAAGCUACUCCCAGGCCAUCUAAUAGCUCAGAGUUCUAUCACUUUUCGCUAUUUGCAAUGUCGCUAAAUGAACUUGAACCUGGAAUGGAGAAAAAACUUUGUCCUACAGACUGCAGAUUAAGGCCUGAUAUAAGAAAACUAGAAAAUGGUGAUCUUGAUGGAGCUGCAGCUGAAAAAACAAGGCUAGAAGAAAAACAGAGGGAUGCUCGCAAAGCAAGGAAGGGGAAAAAAAAUGAAUGGAAACCAAGGGAAGAUGCCUUAACAGAACGUACGGCUCAACAAUGUUUAUCCAAAUUUGGUUCCGGAGAUACGAGUCUCGAAAAUGCACCCACCCCGCAGCGAUCGGGGCCUACCUUGGUUGAUUUGAGUGAUAUCAAGGGUCUAAUUGGAAAAGCCCAGUACCUACAGGUAAGAGAAAAUGUGGAGACACUGAAAAUAGGUUUUGGAAUGUUCAAAAGCAUUUAA